UCUUCUCCACAAAAUAGAAUAAUCUUUAUUCUGAAACGAGUAAAAAUAAAUAGCACACGGUAUAUAUUAUAUUAUAUUAUACUUAUAUGAAGAAAAAUAGUAGAGAGAGUUCUCAAUCCUCAUCAAAGUCACCCUCUUUGCAAUACUUCUUGCUCUCUUAUAUUGCAGUGUGAGGAAUUUGGUGCUUUACUUUGGAUUUGGGAUUCUUUUUUACUUUCACACUUAAUCUUUGAAAACAAGAUCAGAAAUUUGAGAAUUUGGAAUUAGAUUCGUUGCUCUGAUUGGGGUUGGUGCCAAUGGUUUUAUUUUCUCCAUAGUUAAUAAAACCAUUGGUAACAUCACAAACUUAAGAACUCCUUCUUUAAGGCUUUUAGAUAGAUUUGUUGAGAGGUGAUGCAGCGAGUUCGAUUGUCCUCAGAACAAGCACCAGUGCACAAAUUAGGGGAGUCUCAGAUGACAUUGUCCCCAAAGUUUAGGUUAGCUGUGAUACCGCCUUCUUUCUUGAACCCUUCGUCGGAGUUAGAGUUGUCUUUGAGGGGAGAACCUUUAAUUCCAGGUCUUCCUGAUGAUGUUGCACUAAAUUGUCUACUUCGCCUUCCGGUUCAGAGUCACUCAGCUUGCAAAACCGUUUGUAAAAGAUGGCAUUUCCUUCUUGGGAGGAAAGAGCGAUUUUUCACUCGAAGAAAAGAAUUAGGCUUUAAAGAUCCUUGGCUCUUUGUUUUUGCUUUCCACAAGUGUACUGGAAAGAUUCAGUGGCAAGUUCUUGAUCUCACUUAUUUCUCUUGGCAUACUAUCCCUUCAAUGCCUUGUAAAGACAAGGUGUGUCCACAUGGAUUCAGAUGCAUUUCGAUUCCCCGAGAGGGGACUCUUUUUGUUUGUGGGGGUAUGGUUUCUGAUGUAGAUUGUCCCCUUGAUUUGGUUCUUAAGUACGAAAUGCAGAAAAAUCGCUGGACUGUAAUGAAUCGGAUGAUCACUGCUAGGUCUUUUUUCGCGAGUGGGGUGAUUAAUGGUAAGAUUUAUGUUGCUGGAGGAAACAGUGCAGAUCUUUUCGAGUUGAAUUCUGCUGAGGUUUUGGAUCCCAUGAAAGGAAUUUGGCAUUCGGUUGCUAACAUGGGAGCAAAUAUGGCUUCUUAUGAUGCUGCAGUUCUCAACGGGAAGCUUCUUGUUACUGAAGGCUGGUUGUGGCCUUUCUAUGUCUCUCCCCGAGGUCAAGUUUACGAUCCAAGAACUGACCACUGGGAAAGUAUGGCUGUUGGACUAAGGGAAGGAUGGACAGGUUCAAGUGUGGUGGUUUAUGGACACUUGUUUGUGGUCUCAGAGCUCGAAAGAAUGAAACUUAAGGUUUAUGAUUUAGAUACUGAUUCUUGGGAACCUAUUGAAGGACCUCCAUUACCAGAACAAAUAUGUAAACCUUUCGCUGUGAACGCCUGCGAUUGCAAGAUCUAUGUUGUUGGUCGAAACCUUCAUGUUGCGGUUGGACACAUCUCCAAACUUAACCAAAAGAGCAGCUCCGAGAAGUGGAAUUUCGGUGUAGAAUGGAAUGUGGUUGAUGCUCCUGAUUGUUUCUCUGACUUGACACCCUCAAGUUCUCAGGUUCUGUUUGCUUAGUAGAUAUUUUAUCUAAAUUUACCUUUUCAUAUUGUGAUAUAUAUAUAAAUAUAAAUAUACUUGAUCUUAAAUAAGCUGUAAUUAUACAAAAUAGUUGAUGUUGUAGAGUGCUAAUGUUCUGUGUGAAAGUCCUUCUUGUGGUUAUGUUAUAAUGUAUUUCAAUCUAAAUUACUUGUGCUAUUUUCUCAAA